AUGUCACAGCAAAUCCCACCUUGCUGGCGCUCAGCCGGGAACCCUAGGAUUGCCGAGGCACAGGGGCCCGCGACCCGGCGGCCGGCUACCACCGCGGAGGAGGGGCGCGGGGCUGGGCGCGCCCGCCCCGGCCCUGCAGCCCCUCGGUUAGACUCCCCGCGGCGCCGCGAGCUCGGGCCCGAGAGAAAGGGGGCGGGUGUUCCGCGGGCUGCCGGCGCCUUGUCCCCAGCAGCCCCGGCCACCGCCCCACCGUACCGAACUGCGAGCGACUCCCCACGUUCUUCAAGUCACCUUUCUGUACACUCCCAACGAGGGCCCCAGCCUUUUCCCGGAACUGAGCCCGCGCCCACCCCUUCCCCCGCCAUCAAUCAGUCACUCUUAGGAAGGGUUCUUAACACUCCCCACCUGAUCCCGGGGUCGCAUCAAACGCUGGAGACUGCGGGUCCAGCAGAAGACAACACAGCUGCCAAAAUGUUUGAGUCCAUCGACAAGUUUGGCCUGGCCUUAGCUGUUGAAGGAGGCGUGGUGAACUCUGCCUUAUAUAACGUGGAUGCUGGGCACAGAGCUGUCCUCUUUGACCGAUUCCGUGGAGUACAGGCCAUUGAGGUAGGGAAAGGGACUCACUUUCUCACCCCGUGGUUACAGAAACCAGUGAUCUUUGACUGCCGUUCUCAACCACGUAAUGUGCCAGUCAUCACUGGUAGCAAAGAUUUACAGAAUGUCAACAUCACACUGCGCAUCACCUUCCGGCCCGUGGCUAGCCAGCUUCCUCCCAUCCUCACCCGCAUCGGAGAGGACCAUGAUGAGCGUGUGCUGCCGUCCAUCACGACCGAGAUCCUCAAGUCAGUGGUGGCUCGCUUUGAAGGUGGAGAACUAAUUACCCACAGAGAGUUGAUCUCCAGGCAGCUGAGUGAUGACCGUACGGAGCGAGCAGCCUCCUUUGGGCUCAUUCUGGACGACGCGUCCUUGACACAUCUGACCCUCGGGAAGGAAUUCAUAGGUGGAAGCCAAACAGUGGCUCAGCAGGAAGCAGAGAGGGCCAGAUUUGUGGUGGAAAAGGCUGAGCAGCAGAAAAAGGCGGCCAUCACCUCUGCUGAGGGCGACUCCAAGGCCGUUGAGCGGAUCACCAACUCACUGGCCACCGCAGGGGACGCCCUGAUCGAGCUGUGCAAGCUGGAAACUGCGGAGGACAUCGCCUACCAGUUUUUACACUCUCGGAACAUCAUCUACCUGCCGGCAGGGCGGUCUGUCCCCUGCAGCUGCCCCAAUGAAGGCCCACCCUGUCUGCACUCCGUAAUUAUUUUCUUUUCCUUUGUCUUCAAAUGUUAA